UACGUCGCCAUAUUGGAUGCCUGUGGUUUUCUAGAAAUAAUUUUAGCAUUAUUUUUAAGCGAGCUGCAGUUGACGCACAGUAGUUCAUACUUAACCUCAAAAUGAAGCUUAAAAGGUUCCUGUUACGAUAUUAUCCUCCUGGAAUUAUAUUAGAGUAUGAGCAGGGAGGCUCAAUAAAGACAAAAUCUAUAGAUUUGCUUGAUCUCUCACCUACUACUGAUAUAGAUCAAGUGGUUGAAGAAAUUGCUGACAAAGAACCUCUUAUAACACCUUCAAAAGCUGAGCAAGUCAAAAAACUUGUAGCUCGUUUACAGGAAAAAGUUGGACAGAAAGACAAUCAUCACUAUUAUUUGUUUAAAGUUUUAAGAGCUCACAUCCUGCCAUUAACAAACGUUGCCUUCAACAAAUCUGGUUCAAGCUUUAUUACAGGAAGUUAUGACAGGACUUGUAAAGUGUGGGAUACCAGCUCAGGGGAGGAAAUCCACACUCUUGAUGGUCAUAGAAAUGUUGUAUAUGCUAUAUCCUUCAACAAUCCUUAUGGUGACAAGAUCGUGACAGGCUCGUUUGAUAAAACAUGUCGCAUCUGGAGCUCUGAAAAUGGGAAAUGUUAUCAUGUGUACAAAGGUCACACUGCUGAGAUUGUCUGUGUUAGCUUUAACCCCCAGAGUACCCUGAUAGCCACAGGCAGUAUGGACACAACAUGUCGUCUUUGGGACGUGGAGACUGGGGCAGACAUUGCUAACCUAAGUGGUCACACCGGUGAAAUCAUUUCAUUAUCUUUUAAUUCAACGGGAUCUGAAUUAAUUACUGCAUCUUUCGAUCACACUGUGUCAUUAUGGGAUGUUAGAUCCAAUAAACGUAUCCAUACGCUAGUGGGCCAUAAGGCUGAGAUCAGUAGUGCACAAUUUAACUGGGACUGUUCUCUGAUAGCAACAGGAUCCAUGGAUGGCACCUGUAAAAUAUGGGAUAGAUCAUCUGGUCGCUGCACUGCCACAUUGAAAGGUCACACUGAUGAAAUCUUGGACGUUGGGUUUGACUGCACUGGUCAGCGCAUCUUAAUGGCAUCAGCAGACAACACAGGGAGCUGCUACAGCGCCUUGACCAAUCAGCAGCUCUGCAAGUUUUCUGGGCAUGAAGGCGAGAUCUCAAAGAUCACAUUCAACCCACAAGGCAAUCUGGUGAUGACAGCAAGUGCUGACAAAACAGCUCGCCUGUGGGAUCCUGAGACUGGAGAAUGUAAACAGGUGCUAGAAGGGCACACAGAUGAGAUCUUCAGUUGUGCUUUUAAUUAUGAGGGCAACACUAUCAUUACUGGCAGCAAAGAUAACACAUGCAGGGUGUGGAGGUGAUCUGGGCGUGCUGACCUUGACCGUGCAAUUUGAUUGGAUGACGUCUACAGUAUUAGGAUGAAAGAGUUGAUGAUGAGUUUGUUGAGGAUGAAAAACAUUCCAGUGAAUUUAGUACUGCUUGUGUCAGUAGUUUCAAAUGAUCAGAGGGUUUCAAACUGCUGCAUUCAGUAGUUUCAAAUGAUCAGAGGGUUUCAAACUGUUGCAUUCAGUAGUUUCAAAUGAUCAGAGUGUUUCAAACUGUUGCAUUCAGUAGUUUCAGGUGAUCAGAGGGUUUCAAACUGUUACAUUCAGUAUUUUUUAAAAGACAUUUAACAGCAAAACUGUAUUUAGUGUUUUAAGGUCAAAGCUCAAUUUGAAAUAAAAUUUCUGUUUACAAAUAAUAAAGAGGUACUUUUGUGAUUACAAAUGUUCCAUUUACAUAAAAAAAUUGUUUAUUUAAAAUUUAUGUUCACUGUUUAUUUCAAUGAAAAUUGAUGUUUUAUUUUAAAUGGUAACUGCCUCUACUUUUGGUCUUUACCCCCAGCAAUAAACUUUCAUUAAGCACCUGAUACAACCAGUACCAGCUAUUUAAAUUAAUCCAAGUUCCAAAUGAGAUAGAUUUACCUGUCUGUACGAGAUAGAUUUACCUGUCUGUACGAGAUAGAUUUACCUGUCUGUAUGAGAUAGAUUUACCUGUCUGUAUGAGAUAGAUUUACCUGUCUGUACGAGAUAGAUUUACCUGUCUGUAUGAGAUAGAUUUACCUGUCUGUACGAGAUAGAUUUACCUGUCUGUAUGAGAUAGAUUCACCUGCCUGUAUGAGAUAGAUUUACCUGUCUGUAUGAGAUAGAUUUACCUGUCUGUACGAGAUAGAUUUACCUGUCUGUAUGAGAUAGAUUUACCUGUCUGUACGAGAUAGAUUUACCUGUCUGUACGAGAUAGAUUUACCUGUCUGUAUGAGAUAGAUUUACCUGUCUGUACGAGAUAGAUUUACCUGUCUGUACGAGAUAGAUUCACCUGCCUGUAUGAGAUAGAUUUACCUGUCUGUACGAGAUAGAUUUACCUGUCUGUACAAGAUAGAUUUACCUGUCUGUACGAGAUAGAUUUACCUGUCUGUACAAGAUAGAUUUACCUGUCUGUACAAGAUAGAUUCACCUGCCUGUAUGAGAUAGAUUUACCUGUCUGUACGAGAUAGAUUUACCUGUCUGUACAAGAUAGAUUUACCUGUCUGUAUGAGAUAGAUUUACCUGUCUGUAUGAGAUAGAUUUACCUGUCUGUACGAGAUAGAUUUACCUGUCUGUAUCAAGAACAUAUUGAAUAGAUUUUUUCUAUAUAUUUUUAAGUUGAUAAAUUAAUUAUUAAAUAUUUCCUAGAAACAGGUAUAAAAAAAACAUUAUUUCAUGCUAUUUCUAACAAUGCAUUUGUUCAUACACUUUAUCAUCAGCUGUUGUUUUGAUACAUCUCACCUUAUAUUUUUGACACAUAUUUUAUCAUUCAGUCUCAUGAGUUUAAUGUUGUGAGUGUCACAGUUAAUAUGAUUUUUACAUUUGUUCUUCUGAUUCAGCAGAUAUUUUUAAAAAUUAUACUUCAAAUGUGAGAAUAUUUAUAACAUAUGUGAGAGUAAGUUCCAAGUAUAUCUGAAUAUGUAGCAUACCAAAUACGUGAUAAUAUUUCUUUAGAUUUCUUCCUUUGGUUAUUUGUAUGUAAUGUGUGUGCAGAUAUCCAGACAUACUUUGUUAAAAUAUCAGUCACUAGUUGUUUAAAUGAGUUCUUAAAUGAAGCAACUGAAAAAUUGUAAUAAUUUUAAUAUAAUUUUAUAAAACCAAAUAACUACUAUAACAUUUCCUUGAUUGAACCUACUGUUUUGUAAGACAAAGGUGAACUGCUGCCAAAAUAUGCUGGUCCAUUUGAUUCCACAUUUACACCAUGAUCUGUUGAUAAAACUACUGCUGAGUUUUAAUAAACAUUUUAUAUUUUCUUAUGUAUGUGCUGAUUUUAGUCAGUUCUUUUUUAUUGAUACAUUUCCGUCCAUUGUCUUGUGAUAUAUUUUGUUUAGAGGUGAUUUAAGGGUCAUGUAAAGUUAAUAAAAUUUCUGUUUAUAGAAAUGUUAUACAUAUGUAACAUCAGAAGAGGAGUGUUUAUGUUAUUUAUUAUGUUUUCCAUUUUGCAGAAAAUAUUGCUAGCUAGUGAGUACUGCUUAUUGAAACUAUUCCACUAAUUAUCCAAUUUGGUCACAAUAAAUACUUCAUUUAUUUUUCUCAUUUUAAAAAAUCCAUGUUUUGACAAGUUCUGUGUUAAAAACAACUAAAAUAUUUAAAAUAAAAUGCUUCUUAAGUUUUUUUUCCAUUUACAAUUCCACAAAAGAAAAAUACCAAAAAUAUUGUCCAGUUGACUAUAAACAUGAGUUUAUUGGUUAUCAUCAUGCACUUUAUUUGUGUAUUUCUAGGUUAAAUUGUUAAAUUUUUUUUGACUAGUUUAAAUUUAUUUUUUUACUUUAUUGUGUCAGAAUUUUAACAAAUAGAGAUUACAGAUGAUUGAACAAAAACUGGAUAUCUUGUUGGAAGAUCUCAACAGACCAGAUGAUAAAAUAGUGAGGAAUGAGCAUAUUGCCAGGAUUUGAUACAUUUAAAACAUUCUGGCAUUGAUGUCCAACUUGGUACAUGUCAAGUUUUGAGUACCUACAUCAAAAAGUCUCAUAACCAGAAUUACAUCAACAAAUCAAAAAGUCUGCUUCUCUCCUUAGCCAGAAGUAGAGCUGACAUCUGUUUUCUUGUACUGUACUCUUCAGUUUGUUCACAGGAAACCAAAUAUUGGUGUCUCAAUUUUUUUUUUACUAACCCAGCUUUUUAAAUUGCAGCUUUAGCAGAACAACAGUGAAACAUUUUACAGCACAGAAAUUUGAACAUAAAGUCUAUAUUAAAGAUACAGUGAAAUACUUGCAUUUUACUCACAGUAUUCAUUUCUGAAUAUUUAAAAUUUUAUUUUAACUGCCUAUUAAAAAAAAAGUCUUUAGAAAAUAAGAUUCUGUUUAGGAAUAAAAAUCAUUUCUUAAAUUUUGGUAAUUUUUUUCGCAGCCAAAAUUUAGGGCUUUGUGGUUUUGUAAAACAUUUGUAAAGCAAAAAUGUACUUCCACUGUAAUACACUGUUUAAAUAAUUAAUUUGGGGCAGUGGUAUUAAGCUGUUCUUUUU